GGCUAAGUGUUUCCUGGCUUGCUCUACGCUGGGUUGCAGAGGUGAUGUUUUUGCACUCGCUUUGUGGGCACGCUCCUGCAGCUUCAUUGAACAAAACCCCUGGCUUAUGAAAUAUUUCCUCUCCAUUGGGUCUCAGGCAAGAGAAGGCAUCUGCAAAGCCAGAAAAGGAAGUUCUUGCCUUAUAGAGCGAGCUCUCGGUGGUGACACAAUGGCUGAUAUAAAGUGUCAGGGGAGCUGAGCUGAAGGCAAAGGAACAAAGAAAGAUCAAGACUCAGUGGCUGUUUCGCACGGAAGGAAAGUGGAAAGUGUCUCGGGGAUGGAUAAAUUUAAGGCUGCACUUGUCUUGGCUGGGGUAGGCGAUGCUCUUGGUUAUCGAAAUUUCUCCGGAGAAAACAAUGUUUUAGGUGCAAAAAUCCAGCAGGAGCUGAAGGAAAUUGGAGGGCUCGAGAACCUGGUGCUUUCUUCAGAUAAAUGGCCAGUAAGUGACAACACCCUCAUGCACAUGGCGACAGCGGAGGCCAUCAUCACAGAUUACUGGUGUCUGGAAGACCUGUACCGUGAGCUGGUAAAACGCUACGUGGAGGCCAUCGACAGGCUCCCCGGGAGACGGUCAGACCCUGCUACCAUCGAAGGCUGCAGGGAGCUAAAACCAGAUAACUACCUCCUGGCGUGGCACACGCCGUUCAACGAAAAGGGUUCUGGAUUUGGAGCAGCUACGAAAGCCAUGUGUUUAGGGAUGAGAUACUGGAAACCAGAAAGGCUGGAAUCGCUCAUUGAAGUGAGCAUUGAAUGUGGACGAAUGACUCAUAACCACCCUACAGGCUUUCUAGGGUCCCUAUGCACAGCUCUGUUUGUGUCGUACGCAAUUCAAGGAAAACCCCUUGUGCAGUGGGGAAGAGAGAUGAUGAAGGUUGUGCCAAUGGCUGAAGAAUAUUGCAAGAAGACCAUUCGACACAUGGCAGAAUAUCAGGAGCACUGGUUUUACUUUGAAGCCAAGUGGCAGUUUUAUUUGGAGGAGAGAGAAAUCAAUGAGGAAAAUCAGAAUAAACCUGUCUUUCCGGACAACUAUGAUGCAGAGGAGAGAGAAAAGACGUACAGGAGAUGGAGCUCUGAAGGCCGAGGGGGCAGAAGGGGUCACGAUGCCCCCAUGAUUGCCUAUGAUGCCCUGCUGGGAUGCGGCGGUGACUGGACUGAGCUCUGCAACCGCUCCAUGUUCCACGGAGGUGAAAGUGCAGCUACCGGAUGUAUUGCUGGCUGCUUGUACGGAUUGGUGUACGGCCUGAGCAAGGUGCCCAAAGGCUUGUACCAGGACCUGGAGCAAAGGGAGAGGCUAGAGUACUUGGGCGAGAGCCUUUACCGACUAUCCACAGAGGAAAACACCAAAAGCACAAAGUUUUGCGGAGAUAAGAUGCUGAUAGACCCUUUGGUGCUGAAGAAGAAACUCAAUAGGAUGGCAACAGAGCAAGGGGCCUUUGCUGUCCUCAGCAGCCUGCUGCUUUACGUCACAGAGCUCGCAGCUUGCGACCCACAGCUGAGCAGCAAGAGGACAAAAUGGGCAGAAGGUGAAGAAAACAAGGUGAGUUACAAACUGUCAUGCCCAGAUCCAAACAGGGGCCAGCGCCCCACCAGAUUUCAGCUUUUGCGGUCCAGGUUUCUAAACAACAAUCGUGAGCCAUACACCAAGAAAAGAAGAGAAGUUGGCAAACUGGUCAUUAAGGAAAAACUGUGGGUAAGCAGGACUGGUAAUAAGUUAAGCAAAGAGAGAAAAGAAGACGGAAAAGCACCAGAAGAGGAUGAAGACACGACGGUUAACGACAGGGCCAAGUGGAAUAGCAUAUGUGGGAAAAACACAGUGAAAAACAUUCUGAAGAAAUUUUUAGCUGCUGAAGAAAAAGAAGCCAAGGAAAAAUCUCUCAGCUGGAAAAAGAAGCAGCCAAACAGCAGUUUACCGAAAAUAGUCAACAAGAAUUCAGUCCUCUCCAAGCUGAAGGAGCAGUUUGAACAAAGCUCUCUCUGUUCAGCCACAGAGGUGAAAGAAUCACUGUUGCGAAAAGGUGGGAAAAAGACUAAAAAUUUCCCAAGUAGAAAACCUAUUCGUAAGCCAGAGGUCAGAGUGCUGCGCACAGCAGCCAUGACAACCACAGAUAUAAAUAGUCCAGAGUCCCAAUAUUUAGUGUGCUCUACAGUCCCAGUGCCCAGACUCAGUAUGGCUACUGAAAUUAAUCAUCCUUGGAGCUGGUCAACAAAUAAUGCCAUUAAGCAGCUUUUUUGUCAUGAGAUACCGUUAAAGGAAAAAGCAGAAUCUCACAGAAAGCCUGGUGUGAUAAAACCACCAGGAAAUGCAGCACAGGACAGGGAGGACAAAGUACAGCUACUAGUGGCACCCAAGGACAUGCUUGAUGCAAAGAACAGUGCUGAGACUGAAACAGACUCCACAAAGCAAGGACCCAGCUCUAAUCCUCAUCUAGAUAGCUCUUCUACUGCCUGUGAAAAUAGCCUUGCAGACUAUGUUCCUCCAUUGUCUCAACAUAGUCUAGACUGCACUGGAAAUAACAUGUCAGCAGGGCUUGAUACAUCUUCACUACUGGAGCUUACCAAUGCUGUACAACGUGGUAAGGAAGACAUUGCACCUUCUAACUUGCCCUACUCUAGCAGAGCUGAAGGAUCCCACAAACAAGGUCCCAAGGAUACUGAAGCAAGUGAGAUUCCUGAAAUAAUUAUGUAUGUAUACAGUCCAGAGGAAGCUGACACAGAGGUCACAGAGCCAGAGAAAGAUCCUUUCUUUGCAGUCCAAAAAUGUUUUCCAGAGCAGAAAGUACUGGAAAAUAUGCUACCAUUUCACUACCCAGGAAUUCAAGCAUCUCAUAAAGUUGAGCCUCCAAGGGAUGACCAACAGUUAACUCUCAAAACAUCAGUUACUGGCAAAAGGCCACCAAAAGACAAACGUAUGGCAUUAGGUUUUAGAGGAAAAUGUUCUGAGGAAGCCAAAGGAAGAGAGAACGGUCACAGUGAAGACAAGAUAUUCCCUACUUGUAGCAAAAAUGAUAGUGAUGUCCCAGCUAGAAUGGAACAGGAGAUACCUAACUGCCAAAUGCAAAAUGAAUCCAAAAAUAAGGAGCCACAUGGACACCAAAUGCUCAGCCCACAAAAUAAGCUUGGUAAUUCCAAUACUGACAUGCCAAAUUCAGAUAUAAAUCAGACAAAAUACACACUUUCCUCAACUGAGAGCCAGAAGAAGAAGCCUGGUGCUGCAGAAGAAGACUCCAUCUCUUCUGACUGGGAAAAGAAACAAAGCCCUUUAUCAAGUGACCUUGUGAAGCACAACUCUUACAUCGUAGAAGAGGAUUUUGAGAAGGACCAAUUAUCUUCAUCAAAUGAAAUGAUGAAUCAUGCAAACAAUCGAGCCCUGGGCAGGAGUACCUUGACUGACCUGGAGACCUGUCACAAGCCAGCCAGCUAUUUCAUUAAGCAUGAAGAGGCCAGUGCAGAUGAGAUGCCUUGGCCUGAUUCUAGGACAUGCCAAGCAUUUUCACCAAAUCCUUUAACGAUGCCUACGAGUGGGAUUGCAGGGCAAAGAAUCCACCACACUCUUAGAAAUCCUCCAACCCUUCCACCCAUUGAUCUGAUGAGCCAGGAAGCUCGUGAUGUGGAAGAUGAGCAUAUCAGCCAUGGCUGUGAGAAGCAUCAGCUACCCUCUUCAGAUGAAUCAACAAACCGUCAGAAUGACACUAAAGAGGAGAAGAAAACUGCACCUGAUUUGGAGAACCACCAAAUGCCGUCCUCAAGUCAUGUGACAAAAUAUGAAAAUACUGUAGCUGAAGAGACAAAUACAUGUCAAAGCUUUGAGAAUUAUCUUUCACUUUCUACCAAGAAGCAAGGCAAAUAUGAAAAUAAAAUCAUACUGAAGAGAAAGUCCCUAUCACCCUUGGAGAAGAAUCAAGUACCAACUUCAGAUGAUACCAAGAAGCAUGAAAGUGAUAUACCGGAAGAGAACUUGUUUCCUUCAGCAAGUGAACUGGUGUUACAUCAAAAGAAGGAUCCAGGAGAUACUAAUAAAGUCCCUAAAUAUAAGAAGCACAAGCUCCUGUCAUCAGAUGAUGACAUUAAGCAUGAAAAUGAUAAGACAGAGAGGAAUACAACUACAGGAGAGAGAAAUGCAAGUGAUACUAUGGAUCGUGACAUCAACACUUCAAAUGAGAAAAAUUCUCAUAGCCCUAACACAUCCCAAUUACCUUCAUCAGAAUAUGAUACCAACAUUCAAGGAGUGAAGAAUAAGGGACAGGUUUUGAAGUGUCUAACGCCUUCAAGAGAUUUAGUGAAACAUGAACAUGAUAUGGCAGAAGAUGAAAACAUCUGUUGUAAUAAUGAGAAACACCGCCUGUACUCAUCAAAAGAGCCAAUGAAACAUGCAAAUGACACUGCAGGGGAAAGAAACAUCAAGUCUAACUUCAAGAUAUAUUCGAUGUCACCAAGAAAUACAGCAAAGCAUGACAAUAAGACCAUUGAUGAGAAGAACGCCUCUCAUAAUUUGAAAAAUGAACCAGUGCAGCACAAAAAGAAUAGUGGAGGAGAGAGGAAUACUUUGCGUGAUCCUAAAAAUCAAACACCACCAUCAAAUCCUUUGGCGAAAAAUGAGAAGGAACUCCCCCCUCUAGAAACACAAAACCAGAUGUCACCAGGUGACUUUGUAAAGCAUGAAAAAAAGUCAGUUGAAAAAAAGACUAAGCAUACCUCUGAGAAAGCCCAGGCACCUUCAAACAAACUGAUGAAGCCUCGGGAAAGAAGUACUUCAGGAGAGAGGAAGCAAAAGACACCAGCAGCAGAGGACAUUGGGACACCUGAAACAAAGGCUGGGAAAGAGAACAAUGAACAUCAGCAUUCGGGGAAGGACCAGUCUCCUCCUUCAAGUAAAUCAGUGAAGCAUGAAAGAAAUGCUUCAGAAGGAGAAAAACAACAAGCAAUAUUUGAAGAUUUUAGGAAGUCUGAUACACAUGCUGCAAAAGAGAAGAACAAAGAUCCAGGUUCCAGGAAAUACCGAUCAGCAUCUUCAGAAACAUUGGUUAAGGCUCAAGACAAAAAUACUCUAGAACAAAAGCAACAAAUAUCAGCACCUACAGGGUCAAAGAAACCCGGUACCAAUGAUGUAAAAUUAAAAAAUAGAGAUCCAAAUUCUGAGAAGUCGCAGCCACCUUCCUCCAUCAAACUGGUGAAGCCUCAGGAAAGAAGUACUUCAGGAGAGAGGAAGCAAAAGACGCCUGCAGCAGAAGACACCAGGACUCCUGAAACAAAGGCUGUGAAAAAGGAUGAUAAACAUCAGCAUUCUGGGAAGGACCAGUCUCCUCCUUCAAGUAAAUCAGUGAAGCAUGAAAGAAAUGCUCCAGAAGGAGAAAAACAGCAAAUAUUAUUUGAAGAUUUUAAGAAGCCUGAUACACAUACUGCAAAAGAGAAGAGCAAAAAUCUAGGUUCUGGGACAUGCCAGUCACCAUCUUCCAAAUCAUUGAUGAAGCCUCAAGAAAAGAAGAGCACAGCAGAAAAGAAGCAAUCAGCACCACCAUCCGAUGAAAAUAUAAAGUAUAAAGCCAGUAUUCCAGAAAAGAAGAGUGGACCCCCUAAAACUAAGAAAUACCAGCUAUUCUCUUCAAAUCAAACAGAGAAGGAUGACAAUGACAAUGAUAGCACAGGAAAGGAAAGCUCUGUGGGUAAUUUUAAGAGCUAUGAAGCUCCAUUGCCAAGAGAUGGUAUAAAACGUAAAAGUGAUACAGUCCCAAAAGAGACCAUUUGGUCUGAUAGUAAGAUGCACCAAAAAUCAUCAUCAUUGACGGAUGUAUCAAAAUAUGAGAAAAAUCCCACUGAAAAUAGAAGAAAACAGCCUAAGUUUAAGAAGUACCGAACACUCUCUUCAAUUAAUUUAAUGAAGCAUGAGAAAGACACGAGUGAAAGGGAGGCUGGUUGGCAGGCAGCUGGUGAAACCAAUGACAGAGAAGCAGAACUGGAUGACAGCUCUAAAACAGCAGCAUUCUCAAAAUACACAGUAGAAAGUUACAGUGAAAGACCCUUAGAUUCAUCUUUUAAACCACUGAUCAUUAGAGUAGCUGAUACUUUUAAACACCACAGCUAAAAUACGGCUACAGAUUAGUAAGAACUUCAAACUGAUCAUGCCACUGAUUCACUCGAUCUUUCUUUUUUCCUUUACUCUCCAGGGCAUUAUAUUAUCAUUUUGUAAUCACAAGGACAUUGAUGUGCAUUUAUCUGUGCUGGGGAUUUUCCUUUCUUAAGCGUUAGCCUGAAGGCAUGAAUGAAUUUAAUCACUGCAAGUAUAUUAGCUAAUUAUUGAAUUAACCCUCAGUUUAUAAAUUAAAUAUGAGAAGGGCUUUGAGAUCAGUGUGAACUUAGUCCUGCUCCAGUCUCUCUUUGCUAAAUAAUGGGUUUUGUUUGUAACAAAGACGACUGUUCAGGGUGGACUCUCUUUAUAUUCACUUAUUCUAAUGAAACUCUGCUAGUACUUCUUCCAGGAAUGGUGGUAGGCAGUGUCAGCUUUAAUUAUGUCAAAAAGUGCUUAUUCUAAGCUCUGUCUUUAGAUAGAUUAAUGGGAAAUGUCGAUGUAUUGCUGCACUGGAUGACACAGUUAAUAGAAAGAGCGAGGAAAGCAAGGGAAGGCUUCUUUUAUCUGCAGAAAAAUCCUCAAAGGACGUUAAUGUUACAACAGGAUUUACUACAGAUGACAUGUUCAGCCUGAUUAAUAUUAUUAAAACAGUGAUUUAACCUCCUUUGAAACUAUUUGUACUUUGGCUGUGUACAUGUUGGCUUUUGUAAAGAUACGCCACGUCACAUGACUCUUAAUUACUGCAGGUAAACAUGCAACACGUACAAGAGCUGAGCGAAGCUCGGUAGAGAGCCUCUCAUGAGGAUAAUUUAAACAAAGAGGCUUAAAACCUUGCAGGAGGAAAUCAGCUCUUCCUGGGGAUAUCCACCUGGGUCUGAACCUUGGGGAGCACAGACCUAAGGUGGGCACUGCAGCUCACCUCUAAAGCCUCAGGGAGCAUUUAUCCUACAGCGUGAAGGGAAACGGGGUGAUAAGGAGCAGCCAGCAUCCCUGGAGCCUAGGAAAGGGAUGCGACUUUCUGUUUACACUAGCAGCAGCUUGUGCGCAGAGCCCGCACACGCCAAACUUCAUUGUGGAGCAAUGAGGACGGCUCCUCUGUUGCCCACUGAUGAACUGAGCAUCAUAGCAAGACCGCGGCGGGUAGAAAUGUUGCAACAGGACUGUCCCACAUUGCUGUUUCCCUUACCUAUGUCAUAGCGUGUUCAUGCAAAGCCUUGCAGUGGAAGAAGGCCCUUUCUACCGAAAAGGCAUUUCUUUGAAGGCAUAUCCUAAGGACUCAGUUAGCUUUUUCCACUGCCUGCCCAUACGCAGACCUUGGCUCAGGGACAGUAAAGGUUAGGCUGCUUGGAAAGCCAAUUAAAAAUCCGGUCACUUAAGUGGCUCAAGGCUUCAGAAAGUGGCAGCGCUAAUCAGGAAGGGAGAGAGCUUAUGCAAGGAAGGUCCUGCUCCCCUGCAGCAGCAACUGCCUCUGAAUUUUGAAGAUGUUCUCUGCUAUGGCCCCCAACAUGCGUGUGGCCUGGCCAUUGCUCCAGCCCGGGCUGGCAGAGCCCCUCAAGCGGCUGCCACGACGGGUGAGCUCAGGAGCAGGCUGGCAGCAGGCUCAGUGCACCCAAGCCCCACACAUGGCACCUGUGCCAGGGACAGGGCUGGGAGGCAGAGAGGACGAGCUGCACAGGUUACCCUGCCAGCUAAAGAGAUUUAGACUUUGCUUUCUUUUCCUUUAAGACGUAUCACGAAUCAGGCUUUCUGGCAUCAAGAGGCUCGCAAAACGAAAAUCACAUUUGUAGACCAUAUCCAUCCUCAAGCUAGCGGCUCAGUGGAAUUUAUUUGGUGUACAGCACUGCCCUUCUGCACAGAGGUGCCGUAUUUCACCUGCUGAGCUAUCAUGAGCUGCCAACCCUAAAAACUACCUUGUACUAAACCUGAAAUGUUAUUUUUACUAUCCAUGAUCCCAUCUCCCAUCUGAGAAAAGUCCUUACAACAUGAAGAAUUUGAACCAGACUGGAACGGUAAAUUCUCUGUUUAUUAGCUGGCUUUUUUAAAACAAUGGACAAAUCUGCUGGGACAGGAGAAGCCUUUUCAUUUUUUUUAAUAGUCUUUUAAAAUAAAUCUGAAGUCUUUUUUUUUGCUUAUUCACAACUGGAAAGAUCAUCACAUUAUAGCAAAUUAGAGGAUUUCUCCUGUCUGCCAGAAAGCUAAUCAAAUGUUAAGCAGCUACCGCCCAGCUGCUCAGUGCCUACCAGGUGGCCCUCAGUUCUUCCAGUUUACAGCCAAAAUGUCUGUUUUUCUCGACAGAGAUACAGCAGUAGGAAAAUCAGAUGGAACACUUUAUGCUCAGGACAAGUCAGGCAGAGUCAUCUUGUGGGAGUUAAUUUUUACAUUUCUACCUGCCGCCUUCUCUGCUGGAAAGAAGUAAACCGUCCAUUCAAGUCAAUUGACCGCUCCUCCCUGAAGUGCACUUAAAACAUGACAGAGAUUGGCCCUAAAUGCAUCUUUAGGUGUAACUCUUCCCUUAAGCAAAUAACACAGUUUGUUUUCAGGAAUUAACACAAUUAAAUCUUGAGGAAAGGAGGCCAUAAAAAUUCUCAUGGUGAUCAGAAGAGUGUUUGGUGUGUCUUGCAGUUUGCAGCUCAAAACAAGCCACUCCUGCCCAUGCUGGCAGGAAAUUUAGCACUGGCCAUAAGUAAAAAAAAAAAAAUGCCACAAAUAUUUAUUUAAGAAAGAAUAAGAGUUGGGUGGGAAAGAGGGGCAGGUAUAAACUAUGUCACCUGUGCCAGAAGAGGUGCAAAUGGCCAGGCUCCAAAUCCAGUAAGAGCCUUGCCCCAAGGUACAACCUAGUGUAUGAACAUAGGAGAGUGAAUCUACAGAAAACCAUGUUUCAGUCCCAGUUCCUGGCUCCAGUGCCCAGGGGUCUUUCCUGGUCCUCUUUGCCCAGAGUGAGAAGCCUUGGGCCUUGGCUCCCCUUUAAGCACAUCCUUCCCCCCGUCUGGCACUUCUGCUGACUUUUGUAGUUUUGAAUGACUGAUGUAAUUCUGUGCUGUUCUGUUCCUACGCUUCACUAUAGCCUUCGGUUCUACUAUAAUGCAUUAGGGACAAACAUCUCUCAAGGGCACUAAAGGCAUUAGGUCCUCAUUAAACUUAGCAGGUUUUUUUUGUUGUUGUUGGUUUUUUGUUCAUUUGGUUUUUUGCCAGUUUGGGUACUGCUUCUCUAAAGGCCUGGCUCAGAUCUAGAUAGAGAAAGACUAUCCUACCAAGCUAGACCAAACUUCUUCCACAUGGAAAAUAAAGAAAAAGCAAAGUCCACACAUAGAAAAGGCUUUUCAAAUCUGUCACCAAAUAUAGUGACAUAGUUCAAAAUUUUAGAUCCUAAAGGAAUUUUCCAUACUUUUACAUACAGACAUUUUUACUGUGAUCGGGCAAAAUGAAUGGCAACAUUUUCCCAGGCAUUGCAUGUUGUUUUGAAUCCUCCAAAGCUUAACUUUCCAGGAGUUUUUGAAAGCCUGAGUAAAGGUGGUCUGUAAGGAGCACCACGACUUUCAGCUAGAACUGGGGCAUCUGAAGUGUCCCAAGCAAAGAAGUCGGUCUGAGAGGAGCAUUUGGUGGUUUGUGACAAGGUUGAAAUUGAGGCAAGCAGAGAAGCCAGGCAGGUUCGUAGAAGCAGCCAUCAGUGAAGUAUUCAAGUUUUUUUUAAUGUCCUCUCUAAUCAGACCAUAGCAGAGAGCCCACCUCACGCUUCACAUCAGCAAGGCACCUCUCAGAUGGACUUUCAGAGGGACAUGACAGGGCCAUGAAGCGAACGUCACGUCCGUAUUUUUGUGGCUUGAGGUGCUGAGUGAGCUCAGACAGAACCUGAGGAAAGGCUGAAAACUGCCCGCGGCACACCGCCAGCGAGGCCGCUCUGCCCCCCCUCCGCUUGGGAAGGGCUGCUGAGCCAUGCUGGCCAAAGGGGUUGUCCCCGUGAAACCAGAACAAGGAGCUCCUGCUUGCCAGUAUUUUGUUUCAGCUGAGAGAGAGCACACAAAUCCUGUAAAAGCUCUCUCAGCAGAAAGUUCCCAGACCCUGAGGAGAAUUAGCCAAAGAAUACAAAUUAAUGCUACAGAAGGAGGCACAAGCAGUCCAUCUCAAAACUAGGAAACAUGCUGUUAUUUUUCUCCAGUGCAGACAAGGAAGAAGCAACUGUCCCUGUAGUAUUAUCUGAUUCCAAAUUGUUCUCAUGCAAUAGAAGUGUAAUGAAUGCACAUUUCUGGGUCCAAACUGUGAAAUAACUUAGUAAUUUAUCCACUUCUUCCACAGCUCUCUCCCAGACAACCUUUAAAACAUGGUGCAUGACAAAAAGACAGGGACUAAGUUCUAAAGCUAUUGGAUUUACCUCAGGUUUUGCCUCUUGUAGUGUUCUGGAUUUCAGUGGAGCUGGUAAUAAAGAGAAAGCACUAAAGAGAGGAAAAUAGAUUUCAUAUGAAAAUGCAUUUUUUCCCCCCUACAUUUCAGCUUUUUCAUUUCCACCUGCAGCCAGCAGAUACCAGCAGACAGGUACUAUCGGAUACUUCAGUAAAGCCUCCCUCUCUGACAUGGCUCAGAUUCAGUCUCUCAGCUACUGAUAGUAGAAACGCUCCACCUAAUGGCUGAAUCUGUAGAGCGAGUUAGGAGUGAGUGCUGAUGAACGCAGAGUAAACUUCAUUCACUGCAGGAAAUAUUAGCAAGACGUAGGGAGCUAAUUCUUCCCUUAUUCCAAUUCCAGCAUUUGCACACCAUUCGAAAGGAGCUUGUCUGGGUGUCUAAAAAAAACAUUACAGAUAAUAACUGGGGAUCUUUAUAGUUUUGGAGGGAAGGUGGGUGCUGCUGAAGACUUUAAAGGAAAUAUCUCUUACCUUAGAAAUAAAUACUCGCAUAUAAUCAGCUAUUAGCAGAAACAGUUUUAACUACUUCACUAUGUGCUUUCCAAAACGCAUUAUGCCCUCUAUGUUUUAUUCCUCUUUUUCAUUUCUGUGAGCAUCUCUUUUUAUAGAAUGAAGCAUUUUUCUCUCCUUGACAAGAACUUUCAGUCUAGAAAAAAUCUGAGCAUCUGCUGGGCAUCUGCUUUCCUGCCAACUAAACAACCUUUCAUACUGAAUAGCAAAAGAAUCAGCAGGCCAGUACAUGUCUCUCUUAUGACCAGAAGGACCUGAAAAAAUUUUGGGAAUUGCUAUGCAUCUCCUAUUGCUGGAUGUGACUUGUCCUUAGUGUACCCUCAGUUGUUUAUAUUCUGCUGAGCUACAGAUGCAAGAACAGCCCUGAAGAAUGGUGUGAACUUCACUUGGCAAGCAAAUCUUACAGCAGGCUUUCAGUGGUGCGUGUAAUUCAACAGCAGAAACAGACUGCCGGGAGAAAAUUUCCUGAGAUAAUAAAGCCAUACAAAUCUACUACGUGCUGAACUGGUUAUCUUCAAAAAGGCACCAAUUAGCUAGUGCGGCCUAUAUUUUCAGCAACAGCUAGUGACGCUGGAUAACCAACAUGGGACACUUUAUUAAAAGGAUCUAAUUUUUCAGGAAGUGCUCAGCGCUUGCUCUCUGAAAAUCGAGCUCCUUUUAAGGUGUCUCGUGUUAGGCACUCAAACCCCUUUAAAAAAAAUAAUUCUUGGAGUAUCCAGUUUUCUGAAAUGCAGGAGAGUUUCACAGGUAGAUGCAUUCCCGCUGCACCUACCAAAAAAAGCCUAUGAACAGAACUGAUUUGCAGGAACAAGCUGGUACCUGGGAACUGUGUGGGUGAAUGCAGCCAACGCGGGUCGCUUUUACCACAAGGAACUGCAACCACCACCUGCAGGCUCUACAGGUUUUUUGGCCUGCACCAUAGCAGGCAAGAAAGGAGGGAAUCUCUAAGACCACUCUAGCCUAUGCAGGGAGGCAGGAGACCUUUAUCUAGUUGGGGUGCUGCCUAAAAAGAAGGCAAGUCCUUCCCAUCUCUGUGCUCCUCAAGGCUUCCUCAAGGAAUCAGAGAGACAAAACUGUAGGACAUCUCAGAGCCAGUUCAUCCUGACCAAAAAACAACCAUGUUUAGUCAAUUUACCUCAUUAGGAUGAAAUACUUGUGCCUCCUGGGAUCUGUAAAAGCACAAUGGAUUAUUCACCCUCAGUCCUGGAUUGCUAGCGCUGGUUACUGAAAUCUUUCAUUCUUCUAAAGAAUGGGAACAGUGAGGGCAGCGGUGAUCCAAGCAACCCAAUAAGGUCCCAUCAAAUGUCUCUACAAAUGUCUGUGCAUUAUUUGUAUGACCGAGUCUUCUUGGAGUGUCAAGAAGAUGAAAAUAACAAAGCCAUACCAAACACCGAGCUUGUAAUCGUUCUGACAUUGCCAAGGAGGGAGCACCAGAGAGAAAGACCAAGAGCGCCUGCAACUGUCUGAUCAGUAUGCAAACUGCUUCCCUUGCCUCCAGGAGAACUGACACAUGCUGAGCUUCACAGAGCAGCUGGGAAUAGGUAGAAAGGCGGCGCAUUAAUUAUGCAGACGUCAGGGCUUUGAAAAGAGCUCCUCAAGCUGCAUUUCCCAUAGCUUGCUCCUGGCUGCCCCGGCUCCUGUGGCCUCCUCCAGCCUGGGCACCAAAAUGACUCCAGCCACCGAAUCAGGAGCAGCUACAGCCUGGGGAGCAUGAACCAUGCAUACAAGCAGGCAAACGGUGGGACAAGCCUCUGGCCACCCAGGCUGCCCAUCGGGAGAGGGCAGCUGGCCAGGGCUGCAUGACACCACACAACUUCUUAUCUUGCUCUCUCUUGGUGAUGGGAGCGAUCAAGUGCAACCUGAAUCGAAGCCGACACCACAGCAGGACCAGAUUGGGGUUGUCUCUCCGUGAUUUCGGACUGGCAGAAGAGGCUGAGAUCACGGUGACCGCAUGAGUACCCGGAAGCUGCGAAAGGCCUCGGACAGCUACUGCUGGCAACCCAGAGCUCUUUCAGGGAGAGCUGGCCCUUGCCGAAGCUGGGCUUUCCUCUCGUCCCACAAAUUCCAGGGAAGGAGAGAAAGUGGUCCGGGGAGGAGGGCUCCCCGUGUGCCAUGGUUUCAAAUGGCUUGAGUUCAAGCCUGUCCCCCCAGCAGACACAGGCUGGCUGUGCCCCUGUAGGUUCUUCCUCAGCCUGCACUGCCUGCCUGCAAAACAGAGGAUUAUGUGGGAGACAGGGGAGCUCGGGCGCUAGCUGUGAUCAGAGUUGUGCUAGUCUGGAUCAACCACCUGGAUACUGGAGGAAAUCAGAACAUCUGGUGGCUUCAUACCAAUCUUUACUGUUGUACUACAUGUCUGCCGCCUCUUUCAAAACCCGUGUUACCGAUCCCAGCCCAUCCUCAGCUCCUUCUGCUCUGCCAGUGCUAAUCCUCUAAGGGGCACGUCCAUGUGAGAUGGUCACUACGUGGGACAAACAGGGUGGAGGACAGGUGACACUGCGGUUUGAGCCCUCCAUCGGUGCAUAAAGCACGACAAGCAUUUGUGGGCUCAGGGUGUUGCCUUUCCAGUGAGGGCAUGGGAGAGCUCAGAGAGGUCUUGAUUCAUGCUGGGGCCUCUAAAGCUGGCCACCACUCCCUGGAGGCAAACCAAGCCUGGAGAUAACUGCCGGGAGCGUGUGUGUUUCAGAGCUCUCUUUUAAACUGGCAGUGCUUUUUUUGGGCUGUAUCUAUAGUCAAGUUGUUGCUCCUCUAUAAUUGCUCAAAAUGAUGCCAGCAGUUGCCUGGGGUCUUCUCAUGUUCCUCUAAUGUUUCCUUUCACCAGCUUGUAAAAGCUAUAUUUGAACAUGGCACAAAGUGUGUAUGUGUUUAAAGUGCCUGAGAGUGUGACUCCUGGUAGGAGUAAGUAAGAAGCUAAAUGUCAUUAAGGAUUAGAAGAAACAGACUUGUAGAAAUACCACAUGGAAGUGAGUACUUUAGUACAAGCUGUUCCUAAGAAAAUAUAAUAAAAUGCAGGUAAGUAUCAAUAUCUUUUUUUUCCUAAUAUAGUAAUUCUUCCUGAUUUCAAAAGAAUCCACUUCUUUCUAUACCCUACUUCUCCAUCUGUUUAAUGGGAAAGAAUAACAAGGAUUUUUUUCCUCUCCUGGUUGCCAUUCUUUGUAUAACUGGUACACAAGUUCUUUGGGACAGGCCAGUCUGCUCCAAAUGUAUGUAUCAUCUGUGUAGCUAGGACCAAGAUAUCCACUGAAAUUUCAAAGUUAUGCUAAAGCUCAGAUUGAAGAUCACUCAUAUUUUUAUUAACUUCCAUCUCUCAUUUUCAGAAUUCAUGUAGAAGCUGAAACAUAGCACAAGCACAAUUACAGGUGUUCUCUUUAGAAAGCUCAACACAGAGGCUUAGUUUUAUGUUUAAAACCUAGUUCACCAAAUUAUUUAUCUAAAAAGAGUGCUCACUGCUGUCUAGUGUAUACAAUUAGCACACUACUCCAGGCAAACUGAAACAUAAAAUCAGAUCUUUCUUUAUGUUUCCCUUUUUGAAAUUCAAGUUUAAACUAAAAAACAGAUGUUUGCAAAUUUGCUAAACUAAGAGGAGAUCAGCUUCCAUUUUCUAGGGGUUGAAGUACAGUUCAACAUCAUUUCUGAAGGCAAUCUCCACCAUGCUGGUGGAGAUGUUAAAAUUCCCCUCUGAGCACCAUAUGGCUAAUGAAAGAUUGCAAGGGUGCAUUAAGUCAACCAGCAGUGAAGUCCUCCUGAAGCUUUGACAGCUUCCACCAGGCAGUGUCUGCUUUGGUGGCUGCUCUUGUGGUAAUUUGAUGGCAGUGGUGCAGCUCCCUUUGUAGCAAGAGAAACCACAGGUGGGACAAGACACCGGUCCCUGAUAAGAGCUGGAUGAGACCAUGACAAACACAGUUCACUCUUGCUGCUAGGAGUAGUGGGGCUAAGUCUGCUCUGAGUUAUGGGUAGGAGAUACAGCACUAACGAAGCUCUGCUGUUUCUCAUUAGCGUGCUGCUUGAUGGUAUUUAGGACACAGUUUACAAGCCUGGCAAAGGCAAGGUUGCAGAGUUCCUGUUUGCUCUGUGCUUCUAAGCCCUCUGUAGGCGGCUGCUGCUGGGGGAGUGGGACUCAGUGUGUUUUCUGUUUGGCAGUUUUAUUCCAAAUGGAGCAAAACUGAGAUUCCUUCUGUUUCCAUGUAUUUUUUUAAGAGCUGAAUUGAAGAAGUAUUAUAAAAAUGAAGCAUAUUCUUUUGAGUUUUGACUUUUUACUGUCAAUUGCUUGUGACUGUAGUUCCUGAGUACUACAAUAAGACAACCACUGAAAUAUGCUAACAUUUUCCUUGAAAUUUAUUUCAAGUAGAAAAAUACAUUCUAAUAAUGUUCCUCCAUCCUGAGAAGGAAAGUUCAGGCUUCCUGAUACACUGUGUUUUGGUUUCUUUCCCAAAUAAAACAUGUUCCCAUGGGAAAAAAAAACCUUCUGAAGACAUUAUUAUGAAAAAUUAAAAUUAUUCUGAAGAAACAGAAUGUUCCAAUCAAAAAUACAUUUCAUGGGGAAACCAUUGAUGGUUAGCAACAGCUAAUGGAGCGUGCAGAAGCUGCUAUGGCCUGGGAUGGGAGCCUAAGGUGACAGGAGUCCUGCAACUUGAUCUUUCCUUGUAGCCUCAGACAGGACCAUGCGUGAUGACACUGUGUUAGCAAAGGAAGAAGCAGCCUAGAAGACCAUCAAGCUGUAGAAGACCAUCAAGCCAAUGCUUCUGCAUUUUCAGAACAAUCCACCGGGACAGGAAUAAGCUCCAGAGAUAGCAACUCUAAACUUUCUGAGGAAAACAUCCAAAGGGCAAUUUCCCUUUACUAAUUGGUGCAUACAAGAAGGGGAAAUCCUAAGACUGUCACAAGCAAAGGUGUCCCUGAGUUUGUAGGAGUGUUUUGCUCCGAGGUCCUUGUGGGUGGUCGUGCUGACCUGUAGAUGGCGAGUUUUCCAUUUGGAGGAGUGGCUGUUUCAGGGAAAAAAGGGGGGGGGGGGGAAGCCCUUCAUCCUUAGGGAAACCUGAUAGCAAAUACUGUUUGAAGUGGAUAACUAAGAGUUAACCUUUCAGUUUCCCAAAUGACUCUCUCAUGAUGCAUAACUCUGUCCGCAUGACCGAUCAUCUACCAGGCAUCAGGAUUUUGCCCUGAAGAUGAUACUAUUACAACUUUGGCUAAAUAUUAAGCGUUCUAACUCGAAAUGGAAAUUGGGAACCUCACCACCUGCUUCAACAGGAUCCACAGUCCACGGCAUAAAAUUGUCAAGAUUUCUCUUUCUGGAGGCAAAGUGGAGGUAUAUGACGGUCACACGAUCAUUUCAUUUUCUGAUUCCCUCCUAUGUUUUUAGUAAUGCACUGACAUGAAGAAAGAGGUACCCGUACUGACUGACUGACACUAAAGGUACCACUGCGAGGUCCAAGACAUCUGCAGAAUGACUUGCAGCGUUACUAAUCUCUGGGCUAUCAUGAGCCAAAUUCUCUCAGGAGGUCAAAAAUUUUAUGCUUGGUCCGCACUGAAUGACAUAAUUUUAGGAAAAUGUUUUCCAUAUGUUUUUCAUAAUCCAUGGCUGUAUUUUAAGCUCAUCUGGGCUCCUUCACCAGUGAGCUAGUAAAAAUAUCAAGUUGAAAAGAGUACUUCUAAUACACACAAAAAGACAUGUUUUUCUCUGACUACCCAAAUGGAAACUCCACUUACUCUAAAUUCAUCCUUUGACGCAAUCACUUCCUAUUGCUGGCUUCCCUCUCUUCCUUUCUAUUUUCCUCCCUUUCCCCUUAUAUUUCUGUCCUGUCCAAGGGCUACAGAAUGAGGCUGGCAUGUGAAUCAUGUAUUUCCAAGAAACAUAAACUAUAUACUCUGUGGGUCAAA